GAAUUUGCAAGCGGCGGGCGAGGGAGUUGAGCAAGACGCUGGCUCCUAGGCGCACAUGGUCCGGGACCGAGGAGAUGCGCCGGACUCGAGCACGCCUCCUCUUUUCCUGCAUCCCAGCUCGGACUGCACAAGACAGCGCGCCUGCCUCGGAGGGGGCGGAGAGCCGGACAGACCGCUAGACUCUGCGCUCUCAGCGCCCGGGAGCGUUGAAAAGCUCGGGACUUUUGCAAGUUGCAACGCCGUAGCUACCGCUUACCUGCCAAGGAGAAGCUGCAGAAACCUUUGCAGAAAGGAGGGGAGAAAUUAAUUGCCCUUGGCCUUUUCAAUCGGGGACCGUACAGCAGCGCUCAGACUCGUGGGUGGAAACGUAUUUUGUUUUUUAAAUUGCUUGUAUUUGUAUCGCAGCUACCGGGGGGGGGGGGGGGAGCAGUUUUGAGUAGGAAAGGGAGGCUGGAAAAUCCAGUUGUGACAAAAGGCGGGAUCGAUCGCCACGCUUGCUUUCGAAAAGCGCAAAACUUGAGUCGGGGAUAAAAAAACACUCGCCAGGAGGAAGUCGGGAAAGCCACCCUGCGCGUCGGGAAGGAACAGGCGCCGCCUGCUGAGUGGCAGAUCUGUGUGAAGGCGGAGGGGUGUGGGGCUGAGAAUUUUUGCUUUUAUUGAUAUUUUUAAAAAAGGAAACGCCCACCACCCCUCGCCCCAUCCCGGUUUAGAUCUCCCCUUGGGAUGCAAGAUUUCUUCCCUUCAGAUGCGUAGACCUUCCUUGGGCUCCUGUCCUUUGCACCCGUGACUUUCCGUCUUGAAAAAGAAAAUCUACCCCCACCCCCUCCUUUGCAGUCGACCCCUCGCCAUGUCUUUCAACCCCGCCAUGAUCCCGUCUGCCAACAGUUCCUCCAACGAGACGGGCGGGGCUGCCGAAAGUGGCCGUGCCCCGACCAUCCCCACGAUCAUGUUCAUCUUCGGCGUGGUGGGCAACCUGAUUGCCAUUGUGGUGCUCUGCAAAUCCAGGAAGGAGCAGAAGGAGACGACUUUCUACACGCUGGUGUGCGGCUUGGCGGUCACCGACCUCCUGGGCACCUGUCUGGUCAGCCCGGUCACCAUCGUCACCUACCUGCAGAAUAAGUGGCCUGGGGGUGAGCAGCUAUGUGAAUACAGCUCCUUCAUCCUGCUCUUCUUUGGGCUGUCGGGGCUCAGCAUCAUCUGUGCCAUGUCUAUCGAGAGGUACCUGGCCAUCAACCACGCCUACUUCUAUAACCAUUACGUGGAUAAGAAGCUGGCCGGGCUGACCCUCUUUGCCAUCUAUGUUUCCAACGUCCUCUUCUGUGCUUUGCCCAGCAUGGGUCUGGGCAAAACCACCCUUCAGUACCCCAAGACCUGGUGCUUCAUAGACUGGCGGACCAACGUGUCCACCUAUGCUGCUUACUCGUACAUGUAUGCCGGCUUCAGCUCCUUCUUGAUCAUGGUCACAGUGGUAUCUAACAUCUUGGUCUGCAUGGCUCUGAUCCGCAUGCACCGGCAGUUCAUGCGGCGCACCUCUUUGGGGACAGACACCACCUCCAGCCGCUUGUCAGACUUUCGCAGGCGCAGGAGCUUUCGGCGCAUGGCUGGGGCAGAGAUCCAGAUGGUUAUUUUGCUCAUCGCCACAUCUUUGGUUGUACUGAUCUGCUCCAUUCCUCUAGUGGUGCGUGUCUUUGUGAACCAGCUCUACCGGCCGCCUGUAGUGAUGGCCAUCCAGAAAAACCCAGACCUGCAGGCCAUUCGCAUCGCUUCAGUCAACCCCAUCCUCGACCCCUGGGUGUACAUUCUGCUCCGCAAGACGGUGCUGAGCAAAGCUAUCGAGAAAGUCAAGUGUCUCUUCUGCCGCAUCGGAGGGGCCCACCGGCAGCAUUCGGGAAGUAACUGCAACUGCACCGACGGCCGCAGGGCGUCAGCGGCCACAGCCAACCAUUCGCCCUCCUUCAUCUCUCGAGAACUGAGGGAGGUCAGUAGUACCUCCCAGACUCUUCUGUACCCCCUCGAACCAAGCGAAGGCACUUCUGGAGGGCGUAUGCUCUUGCCGGGAGCCAGCAGCAGCCUGGCCCAGUUAGACACUACAUCCAUAAGGACACUGAGAAGCUCAGAUACCUCAGACUCUUCACAGGUUCAGGACUCUGAGAACGUGUUUUUGGUGAACGAACUCAGGCUUGAUGGUAAGAUCAGCGCCUCUGCCUCCAAAGGCAGCUCUCUGCAAGUAACCUUCCCUUGUGAGAUGCUGAACUUGUCUGAGAAGUGCAUAUGAGCGAAGGAAGGAAAGAGGAACUGGUACGAUGGACAUAUCAGAUAUUAACCCAUCUGUGAGGCCUGCUGUUGCUGAGGCGCAACCAGUGUCUGUGAGAGUGCCUAUGAGCGUUUUCACUUUCUCAGUCUGGUGGGAACCAAGUAGCCGUUCAGAGCAAGGUGAACUGGAAAGCGGCACCCACAAGAGACAAAAUGGCAGUCAUCAGGGGUAGAAUCAAGCAUCCUGCUACAUCUUGGCACUCUAGAUGUGUGCUGUUUGCCCCUAAAGAGAAAACAAAAUUGCAGCUGUGCAUAAAGAACUGCUUUUCUAACUGUGCGGUUGGCACAGCUCUUGCAAGUGAUGAAACACUGCCAAACCAUUGUCAGGCCUUGCCAAUGUAAAGCAGAUGAAUGUAGUAGAGUCAGAAGCACAGGCUUUUCUACUUGUUGCCCUGUCUUGCCCUGAGACAAAGGUGGGUUUUCCAAAAGGUUGGGGUUGGAAAGUUGCCAUUUGGCUUUCCAUCCAACUAUGAUUGAAGCAAACUCAUACCCUGUUCCUCUCCCUGUCACAUAAUAAGGUUCAGAGAGUACUAAAGUCUAACACAGAUUUCUGGUGGUUAUGUAGAAUAACUUCUCCAACUGCCCAGCUAAUACAAAAUUGGGGAGGGGGGAAAAAAACUAAACCUCCCCUCUGGUGUGAAAAAUGUGAAUGUCUCUGGCCGUAUAUUAUAUUGUGACUGAAUGUGGGUUUUUUUUAAAAAAAGAACGUGUUCUUCUCUGUGAGAAGGUUAAUUAUUAAUACAAAGUAUAGAGAAAAAUAAUAUUGCAAGCUCUUCUUUACACCUGCUCUUAGAUGAUCCCCCCACCCCCUGAAUUCAGUUUAUUUUCUAGAUAGACACACAAACUCAAAAAAGAUCAAUGCAGAGCUAAUUCUUACAAUAGGAAUUUGAUGGGGAUAUUUUAUGGUACUGCUGAGAGAAAUAAAAGAAUGUUUUUGGGGGUUUUUUUUUAAAAAAAUGUUCCUUAUAUUGUGGAUGCAUACCUGUUUUAUGUUCUGUGAAUGUGUUCAGAAUACUGCCACUGACCCAUGGGACUAAAUAUGAGUAAGUUGCUUACCUGUAGCCAGUGUUGAGUAAUCACCUGUGCAGUCACAUGAUUGGAAAGAUUCCAACUGAAGCAUUGUGCAUGCUUAAGCUCCAAAUUGUUUGAUGUGGAGAACUGAUACAUAUUUACAGCUUGAGCCUAUGUAUAUUUGAAGGCAAGCUCUCCCUGUGUUCAGUUCUUGAGCAUCUGGAGUCCUAAGCCUGCCCACAUUCAGACAUCGAGAUCUGCUUGGUCUGUUUAAACCAGGGGCUCCCAGUUUUGUUCACGUUGUGGGUGCUUUUGGAAUUUGAAAAAAAGUAGAGAGUGGCACAACAAAAUAGUCAUAAGAGCAGUAGCUCAGCCACUAAUAGCUCUCUAAAGUAACUAUCAAGUAUGUGGCGGUAGGGUACAUGAUAGGCAGUAUAAAUGACACUUCAGUGAUACACGUAAACAAUUGUAAUAAAUAAUGAAGUAUAGGUAUAUCAGCCCAUCAAAAUUCAAAGCUUCUCCUCAUGACUGGCAUAUUAAGUGUAGCAUAGCCACACUUUUUUUCUUGGUAGAGAAUUCAGAGUUUCAGCACAAUUCACAGUCCUUGUAGAAUGUGAGAGCCCAUUUGGUGUAGUGGUUAAGUGUGUGGAGAACCGGGUUUGAUUCCCCACUCCUCCACUUGCAGCUGCUGGAAUGACCUUGGGUCAGUCAUAACUCUGUCAGAGCUGUUCUGCUCAAGAACAGUUUCUGUCAGAGCUCUCUGAGCCCCACCCACCUCACAGAGUGUCUGUUGUGAGGAGGGGAAGGGAAAGGAGAUUGUAAACUGUUCUGAGACUCCAAGUGAAGGGCAGGGUAUAAAUCCAAUCUCCUCCUCUUCCUCCUUCUGUAACAUAACAACAAAUCUCCAGUUUAUAACUCUUCUAUUAAACCAGAUGAAUGAGGCAGUAGCUGCUAGCUUCAAUCCCAUUUCAGGCAAGGCCUUCAUUAGAAUCAUGCUUAUCUUCAUCCAUCAGUUUUCAAGCUUGAGUUCAGCAGUCAAGUGUUGUUUAUAGUGUAUCCUACAGUCACAUAUUUGAUACUUGCUUAAGUCAACAAAAUAAUUUACAUGGCGGGGAGGGGGGGGGAGGUUGUUAAACCCAAGAAGCUGCCACAGUCCCAUUGAUUAGUUCAAAAAUUUUUUAAGAGGUUUCAAGCCCUAGUAACCACAGCUGUUUUAUGAAUACUUCCUCUGCAGGCAAAAAGAUGAUGAUGCCACUUGGGCUUUUUCAAAGCACCUUCUCCUCCAGCGUAGUAGAGGAAAGCCAGGUCUAGAACUUUGCUUUGGGGAAGUUUCACAUUUUCAUCAGCUUGAAAACUGAUAGAUGCACUUUAAAUGGUAUGGCCGCUCUAAAAGGGCAUUAUAAGUAUAUACUUAGCAUCCCACACUGAUAGAAAUAAUGAGUACUACUUCCUCCUACAGUUGGAAGUGAUCACAAGAGAGCCACUCAGUGUGUAAAUCAGAAAUAAUCUAAAGGAAUUUCAAAUGACAUCAUUUUGUCUUUUUAAACAUCUCCCACUGCAAAAGCGCUCUACUUAGGUAGGCUUACGCUGCCCACUGUAUUGCCCUUUCUUUUAAGACAGCAAAUUAAUGAAGGCUUUAUAUCGUUGAUGGGACUAGUGUGCAAACUGCAUGGGAAACCCAGAGCCCGGAACAUUAUGUGAGAUUUUGCAGUGAAAUGUAAGAAUUGGUCUUUGUUCAGGAACAAUUGGUCCACCAUUAAAAUAAUGUGAUUUUUGUCAGUGAUUCUGACAUAUUUUCUUUGUCAAUAUUCAAAAGCCCCCUAUCAUAGUGGUGAUAUUUCUCUCAUGCUAAAAGUUAACUUCUUGGUUCAGUUCUAUGUUGUGCCCUUGCUAUACCAGACAAAUGCAGUUGCACCGAUGCAUCUGGGAUAAAAAGACCAUGCUGUUUUGGUUGUUUUUUCCCCCAAUGAUUGCAUUUGGAAAGCAGAACUUUGUGCUACAGUAUUCAGUGAUGAAUCUACAGCCAGAGCAGGUAGGAGGCGUGGCUCAGUGGAAGAGUACAUUGCUUUGCAUGCCAAAAGUCCCAGGUUCAAUCCCUGGCAUUUCCAGUUACAUGAUCUCAACUAGUAAGGCCAGAAAUUCUCUUGGGAGAGCUACAGUCCAUCCAAACAGAGAGCACGGAGCUACUACAGGCCCAGUGGUCUGACAUCUAUAAGGCAGCUUCAUAUGUUCACAGACAACUGAGAUUGUAUCUCUUAGCAGUGACAACAGAUAGGAUAAAAUGAGGUUGAAUCCAGGCAGCUUUUCUAUCGGUGCAAAAAGGAGGAAAGGAUCCUUUUGUCUAUCCUCAGAUGCUUAUGCUGGGGAUUGUGAGACCCGCAUGGACAAAGGUAAUGUGGGACAAGGGCUGUAAAAGAGAAUUGAGGGAGACUAAAUUAAAAGUGGCCUGGAUCCAACCCAAGGACCAUUCACCUUAGCUUUUCACUUAGAAACAACAGUAACUGAAGGCCAGAAGGACUUUGUACUUGUGUGCCAUGUUCAAAGGCUUAGAGCUUUGUCCUAGUAUUGUUAUCCUGUAAAGAUGUUUGGAAAAUCUGGUUUUUGUCAAGGAAAAUAUUAAGCAUGCUAUGCUGCU